AUGUCCGCGGUGCCUGGCGGAGCUUUCGGGGCUGGCAAAGCCGGGGCGCCCUUCGAUGCUGUGCAGUGUAUCAAGAAACCACAAGUUUUGUUUCGGGCAUUGAGUGUGCUGUGUGCUAUCAUUGUUUUUGGGUGCAUCUCAUCAGACGAAGUCUCCAGGGAACCAUCUAAUGAUGACAGCUGUAUCAUGAAUGACGAUGGUAAUGCAUGCGGGUAUGGUAUUGGUAUUGGAGUUCUUGCAUUUCUCAUCUGCCUAGGAUUUCUUGUAGUGGAUGCAUUCUUCGAAAACUUGAGCAGUGUCCAGCACAGGAAAUAUGCAGUAUUGGCUGAUCUGGGAUUCUCUGCACUGUGGACAUUCUUGUGGUUUGUCGGCUUUUGCUACAUGACAGACGCAUGGCGGCGCGGUGAUCAACACUUUCCUGGCCGCAGCAAAGUCCAAGCAGCAAUCGCAUUCUCAUUCUUUUCCAUUUUCUCAUGGGGAGCAUUGGCUUUUCUGGCACUACGUCGCUACCGUUUGGGAUCUCAAGAAACUUUUGAUUAUGGAUACGAACAUGAUCCGAAUGCAUCAUCUCCAUACAGGUCCUUCCCUGGCAGCGAGAUAGGCGACCCCUACCACCAGCCACCCUUCAGUCAGCAGAGAGAGACCCCUGAUUAUCCACAACCUACUUACUGA